AUGGCUGGCCGUGCACAUUCGUGGGACCCCCUCGCGAUCAAGGACGAGGAGCCGACCCCGCAGUGCCUGCAGAGAGUGCAGCGCGACCUGCUCGAGCUCCACACCGACCCUCCGCCGGGCGUGUUCGUCGCGCCGGAGGAGAACGACCUGAGCAUGCUGCACGCCGUCAUCGUGGGUUCCUGGGGCACGCCUCUCCAGGGCGGCCUCUUCCACCUGCUGAUCAAGUGCCCGCGCGACUACCCGAUGGUGCCACCUCGCGUGCGCUUCAUGACCGUCGAGCCCAGGGUGUCAUUCAACGCGCACAUCCACGGCGAGUGGGUCUGCCUCAGCAUACUCGGCACGACUGUGGGACCGCCUUGGAGCCCGGCCCUGAGCAUCGCCAGCCUGCUGGUCUCCAUCCAGUCCAUGAUGACCGACGGCGCUAAGGAGAGCAUGCGCCACAACACGAUCAGGGUCGCCGUGUGCGGCACGCUCGAAGCCUGCCUGCGGGAACCGCCGGCCCCGCCUCCGAUGUCGCCGGCUCUGACGAAGCAGGUCCUCAAGUACUUCACGGACAACUACGCCAAGUACGAGGACGCGGCCGCAGCGCGGCUGCCGAGUUUCUCGGGAGUGCUGUCUUGGCUGGCGGGUGCGACGAACGAAAAUUACGAGCCGCUGCUCAAGCGACUCCGCGACAUCAAAAGGAGGGUCGACGAAAGGAACCAAGUGUACGGAGGACAGGCUAGCAAUGCGUGA